UUUUUUUUUAACUUAAAACGAUUUUUAGAAAAGGCUUUUUAUACCAUGAUAGGGAUUUUAGGAUGUCCAAAAUCGACAUCAAGCGUUGCAUGUAUGUGUCGUAUAGAAUCGAUUUUGGAGAUAUUGGACUAUCCGAGUCAGAGAGAGAGAGAGAGAGAGAGAGAGAGAGAGAGAGAGAGAGAGAGGGGGGGGUAUGUGUAUAGCAUAUAUUCCGCUCCUCAACAAGAUGAGCGGGUCAAAGGAUCGAAAAUUAAUUACAUAACAAGAGUAUAGAAACGGUCAAAUCUUUCAUUAAAUUUUCCAUACGACCAUACCAAUCGAUGAUUUUUUUAUUUGAAGCGGACAUCGGUGUGUUUAUUAUAAUUAUUUAAAUUUUCAAUCCCUCCUACCAUAUUGAUGUAUUAUUUUUAGAAAUACCUGCUCAUUUUUUUAAAAUGUUUGAAAAUGAAAGUAGAUGUAGAAUUCUUGGAAUUCAAAAACAUAUAUAUUUAAAUACUUGUAAUGUUGCUGUCGGGUGUAUUUAUAAAUUAUGUAUCAGCUUUAUAUAGACAAAUGAAUGCAUUUUAGCAACGAGGAACACGUCACUUCAAGUUAUAUUGGGAGAGUUUCUCUGCAUUACAGAUAGGAUUACGUAGUGUCUCUACAUUAAGAUUGAGAGAGUUUCUCUGCAUUACAGACAGGAUUACGUGGUGUCUCUACAUUACGAUUGGGAGAGUUUCUCUGCAUUACAGACAGGAUUACGUAGUGUCUCUACAUUACGAUUGGGAGAGUUUCUCUACAUUACAGAUAGGAUUACGUAGUGUCUUUACAUUACGAUUGGGAGAGUUUCUCUACAUUACAGACAGGAUUACGUAGUGUCUCUACAUUAAGAUUGGGAGAGUUUUCUACAUUAAGAUUUGGAGAGUUUCUCUACAUUAAGAUUUGGAGAGUUUCUCUACAUUACAGAUAGGAAGUACAUAGUCUCACUCUACAUGGACGACUUUGAUUAGGACCAGAAACGACACAUAAUUGAGAACUAGGAUGAUGUGUUUAAAAUCAUAAGAAGUUGUUAUUUCAAUGAAAAUAUAACUCAUUUAUACAUGGCUGUUUACUGUAACUUCAAGUCGAGACUUUCGUUGGAAACAUACAUUUUUAUAUGACUCCGUGAGAAACUUGAAGAUUUCGGUGUACAGUAGACGCGCCCUGUAUUGUUCUAGCCGUUGUAGAUUAGUUAGAAUUGUGGUAGUUUUGUCUUUAAUUGUUUUUAUUGUUUAAAUUACAUUGCUUUUACUUUCGUUUCUAUGACCUCUCGUCCUGAAGAAGGGACAGUUUGUUUAGAAAAUUUGAUGAUUACAUAUUGUUCUUGCGUAGAGAGAUUGGAGGUAGAUAGACGUGUCCACAGGCACCUGUGUUGUUGCAAUGCGUCACACACACACACACACACACACACACACACAUAUAUAUAUAUGGGGAGGGGGGGUAUAAUAUAUCCCGCUCCUCAACAAAGUGAGCGGUUAAAAGGAUCGAAAAUUGAUUAGGCAACAAGAGUAUCGAGAAGGUCAAAUCUUUCAUUCAAUUUUUCAUACCGUGAUACGUCCAUUCAAAGUGAUGAUUUUUCGUUUCAAGCGGGCAUUGUUUUUGGUUCAAUUUUUAAUUCUUCAUACGAUACGAUGCAUUUAGAAAUGCCUGCUCAUUUUUGAAAAUGAAAGUAAAUAUAGAAUUCUUUGAAUUCAGCUACGUAUAUAUUUAAAUACUCGUAAUGUGGCUGUCGGGUGUAUUUAUAAAUUAUGAAUUAGCUUUAUAAAGAUAAAGGAUGCAUUUUAUCAACGAAGAACACGUCACCUCCAUUUAAAUUGGGAGAGUUUUUCUGCAUUACAGACAGGAUUACGUAGUGUCUCCACAUUAAGAUUGGGAGAGUUACAGAUUGGGAGAAUUUCUCUACAUUAUGAUUGGGAGAAUUUAUCUACAUUAAGAUUGAGAGAGUUUUCCACAUUGAGAUUGGGAGAGUUACAGAUUGGGAGAAUUUCUCUACAUUAUGGUUGGGAGAAUUUAUCUACAUUAAGAUUGAGAGAGUUUUCCACAUUGAGAUUGGGAGAGUUACAGAUUGGGAGAAUUUCUCUACAUUAUGAUUGGGAGAAUUUAUCUACAUUAAGAUUGAGAGAGUUUUCUACAUUAAGAUUGGGAGAAUUUAUCUACAUUAAGAUUGGAAGAAUUUCUACAUUAUGAUUGGGAGAAUUUAUCUACGUUAAGAUUGAGAGAGUUUUCUACAUUAAGAUUGGGAGAAUUUCCCUAAAUUAAGAUUGAGAGAGUGUUCUACAUUAAGAUUGGGAGAAUUUAUCUACAUUAAGAUUAGGAGGGUUUUUCUACAUUACAGAUAGGAAGUACAUAGUCUCACUCUACAUGGACGACUUUGAUUAGGACCAGAAACGACACAUAAUUGAGAACUAGGAUGAUGUGUUUAAAAUCAUAAAAAGUUGUUAUUUCCAAUAAAUGUGUAACUGAUUUAUGACUCUUUACCGUAACUUUACUGUUUACCGUAACUUUACUGUAUACUGUAACUUUACUGUUUACUGUAACUUUACUGUUUACCAUAACUUUACUGUUUACUGUAACUUUACUGUUUACUGUAACUUUACUGUUUACUGUAACUUUACUGUUUACUGUAACUUUACUGUAUACUGUAACUUUACUGUUUACUGUAACUUUACUGUUUACCGUAACUUUACUGUUUACUGUAACUUUAAGUCUUGACUCUCAUUGAAAACAGACUUGUCGUAUAACUGCGUGAGAAACCUGAAGAUUUCAUCAUGUAGACGCCCUGUACUGGUCUAGCCGCUGUAGCUUUGUUAUUAAUACAUGUAGUACAGUAGUAGUUUGUCUUUAUCUUAAUUACAUUGAUUUGACUUUCGUUUCUAUGAUAUCUCGUCCUGAAGAAGGGACAGUUUGUUUUAAAAAAAAAUGAUGAUUCCAUAUUGUUUGUGGAGAGAGAGAGAGAGAGAGAGAGAGAGAGAGAGAGAGAGAGAGAGAGAGAAGGGGGGGGGCAGUAAGUUCUAACAACACUCAAUACAUGUACUUAUAUGUGUCGGAUCCACAACGCAGACAAUAAGAAAUGGCAAUCAAUCUCAUAACCCCUAUGAAAAAUAUUUUAAAAAAUCAGAGUAAGGCAAGCACGGACCCUUGCACGCACAAGAAGUGGGAUCAGGUGCCUAGGGAGAGUAAGCAUCCCCUGAUAACCGGUUACACUUGCUGUUACCCCCUCUAGCUUGAUCAGGGAAAAGGAGUACAAUCCGUAGUCAAAAAUAGUAUGUAAAGAAAGGUCUAACAAUAGGUAUAAAACAAGUCAGACAGCAUUUCACCCAAUGACAGGUUGUAUUGGUAAACUGGAUCGUUGUGAUGACCAUAUGAUUUGCGAAAUGCUGACUUUAAACGAGACUGUGUAAACCCUUUAAAUAUUAAAGUCUUUGUCAGUAGCCUUCCUCUAUUCAAAAACUUAUCAUACCCAGAAAACAUACCCUUGUGUAUUGAAUCAGUUGAGAGACAUGAACACCAUAUGCCGGUGACAAUGGAAUAUUGCUACAUAGAUAUGAGAAGCUGAAGUCAUUCUGUUUGUCAUAAAGUUGAGUUGUUACUUUGCAGUUUAACAUUCACGUUUAAUAAAUGUCCAAGUAUGAAGCGGAUGUGAAGACUCCGUUGUGUCUUCUAUUUCGAGUUACCUGGGUUAUAUCAAAUCAACGUAUAAAUGAAAAUAAGCAUUGUUAAUAGAUAACUAGAUGUUGAGUUUUAGGCCACGAUAAAAGAUUUUUUUAUUUACGGAAGAUUGCACAUGUAUGAUUACAUUAAGUUACAAUCUAUAUGGUUAAAUACAUUGACCUAAGAUAAAGACAUUGACCUACAUGUACAUUGAUAAAUACAUUGACCUGCAUGGAUAAAUACAUUGACCUACAUGGAUAAAUACAUUGAACCACAUAGAUAAAUACGUUGACCCACAUGGAUAAAUACGUUGACCCACAUGGAUAAAUACGUUGACCUACAUGGAAAAAUACGUUGACCUACAUGGAUAAAAGCGUUGACCUACAUGGAAAAAAUACGUUGACCUACAUGGAUAACGACAUUGACCUACAUGGAUAAAUACAUUGACCUACAUUGAUAAAUACAUUGACCUACAUUGAUAAAUACAUUAACCUACAUUGAUAAAGAUAUUGACCUACAUUGAUAAAUACAUUAACCUACAUGGAUAAAUACGUUGACCCACAUGGAUAAAUACGUUGACCUACAUGGAAAAAUACGUUGACCUAUAUGGAUAAAAGCGUUGACCUACAUGGAUAACGACAUUGACCUACAUGGAUAAAUACAUUGAUGUACUUAUCUUUAUUAUAGUAACAAACCCCAGGGAGUAAACAUUAAGUCAGGUGGAUGAAGAUGAAGCGUUUUAGAGAGAUUGGGAGACAUAAUGAAGUUCAUUUGAAAAGGUCAUGGACCGAGAGUCAUUCAAGACAUAAGGAAAACCGUCACACUAACAAGCCGUACAGCAGACAUCAAGACAAGAGACGCCGUCGUUCUAGAUCGCCAGCUCGGCACCAAACGUCUCGAGAAGGUCGUCGCCGGAUUAAGGAGAUAUACCCUUCACACUGUGAUGAACAGCGCAGAACAGGGAAUGAAGGUCAUAGACCAAGGUCAGAUACUUGGAAAGUAACCCCUUUUAAAAAUAGCAGGGAAGAAAACGAUGACUUGGCCGCUAAGAUUCUUACUGUCUUGCUUGAUAAUGGAGGUAAAUUAAAGCAGAAAGAACUAGAGGUCUGCCUAAGUGCCAAGCCGUUGACUAUAAGAUUCAUACCCAGGGAAUCUUUUUCCACGUUUCUUAAAGUUUAUGGAAACCUUUUUGACGUCAGUGACGUCUCUAACAGUGAAUCAGAAGAGGGGGAGAUAACUGAUGCAGAAGUCGCCGCUAAGUCGGACAUUCAGAUCUGCCUUAAACACACUAGUUCAUCCCAACGGUGUAGCGGGGAUUGUGACCAUCUGCAUUUUUGCAAAUUUAAGCUUAUUAGCGAUUGCAGUUUUGAGAAUUGCAAAUUUGGUCAUGAUCUGAAAACUGAUCACAAUCGUCGGGUUUUGCAGCUGCAUUCCAUGCAGUUCCUGAGCCUUGCACAAGUUCAGUUUCUGAUCUCCAAUUUGGAGCAUAGAAAGGGCGUCACAAUUCCCUCCAUUUGUACAUACUAUAACAAAAUAAAAGGUUGCAUUGACCCCAAGAAAUGUCCUCACUUGCACGUUUGUGCAUAUAUAGCAGGGAAAUGCGCAUUUCAACCAAACUGCAAACGUUCUCAUGAUAUAGAUGAUGACCAACCAAAACAGGUUCUGAUGAAGUAUGGGAUAUAUGUGACGUCACAGAACAAGGAUAGUCUGUUAAGAUUACUGAGGCGUGGUCCUCUUUAUUCUCAGACGUUUUCAAAGGGUCAAGAUCAAGAUCAUUGUGAAAUGUCCAGUGCAAAGACCAUAACAAGGUGCGGCGACAAAGGUGGUGAUGUCACAAAGAGCAAGAAAGAAACACCUAUCCGUUACUGGAAUGUGUUGGUAAGAUUUCCGUCUAUCUUGAUAGCAAAAAAAAAAAAAAAAAAAAAAAGGAUGAAAGUAUAAUUAUUUAUUGUAAUGAUAGCUUUUUUGGGGUUGUUUUCUGCACCAGCAUAACUCUGCAAUGGGCGUGUAGUAUAUCUUAGUAGCUAUACAUUUGUCUUGAUUGAAAUAUUUUAUCGCUGUUUGAUAAUGUAUUUGAAAAGUAUACUAGUAUGUAUAUUACGUCGGUUAUGAGAAAUGAAAUUUUAACGGCAAUUUA